UUGGAUAAUAUUGGCUUAAGUGCUAACUCCCAAGUUAGAAUGCCAGUUUUAGUUGUUGACAGAUCUAAGCCCAUUUGAAAUCUUUGUGUGAUCAGUGAAUUUCAAAUUUCACAAUUUUAUACCCAAGAAAAGGUCACCAUAUUUGGAAUAUUUGGGGCAAAUUAUCAAAGUAAAAUUGACACGUAUCCGAACUAAUAAAACCGGGAAAGACGUUUCCCUUAUUUGACGAUUCGUUAUUAGAAAAAUCUUUUAGUAGAUACGAUGACUAACCGUGGCCCAGAAAUUCUUGAUUUUCGAGAAUCUUGGCUUCGAGAAAUAGCAGCGUAUCAAGAUCACGUAAAAGCCCAUCAAAUGUUUUCACAACUGCAUCAAAAUAAUGUGAAAAAUCCAAUUGGAUCUCAUUUCCGACCAAAAAUCAAAGACGCUGCUCAGGUGACCAACAUCAGCAAAGCAGAACGUGAGAUAGUGCAUGACAGGCCGCCUCAGUACAUUGUCAACACUUACCAUGCUCAACUCUUGAAGAAAGAAACUAUGUCAAGACCUGGGUCACCAAUAAGAUUGAACGUGGAAACUCCUAAAGAGCCUACGCUAAGGGUUCAGUCCUCACUGAAAAGACAUCCUUCGAAACAGAAGCGACCACCUGCACGGAAUUCCAGAAGUAAAAAUCCAAGCAAAGGAACAAACAAACCUGAAAACUACCAUGCAAAGGUUCUGAAAUCUCCCAAAAGACGAACCAAAUUACGCAAUAACUCAAGAGAUACAAAGGCUGGGCAUCAUGAAAACCAUGAUGAUAAUGUCAAUCAUCGUGACGCGAACUUUCAACCAACAGAUAUUCAAAACGAUCUACUACUAGCAGCUCCACCCACCAAAGUCAUUGUUAACCCCUACCAUGCAAAGUUACUUCAAUCACAAAAGGAUCAGGCAAAAGCUGCAGCACAGAAUUCAACAAAGAUAACCAUACCAGAGGCACAUGCAAUCCUGGAAAAUAUACACCGAACUUUGAAUGGUGUAAGAACCGAAAAACCUCCUGACAUACAACUGGACAAAAUCCAAGAAAUAAUCACUGCCGACACAGGUUUGCCUGCAGUAGAGAAUUUGAAAAUUUCGCAACCGACACCACAGUCAACAACUACGCAACAUCGUACGUCAGUUCCCCCAAACACUGCGAGCCAGUCAAUCGGGGCAAAUCAUUCGGUUAGCCCAAGUGCGGACAAUCAGUCGUCGCUUGAUAACAAGGAUAGCGAUGACAGUACCUUGGAAAAAGAAUUGGCAGAUGUGAUUGAUGAUGACACCCAAUCUGAUACAUCAACGGACACUGAAGCUGAAUACAAAGGACAUAUUUAUUAUUUAAGCGAUACUGACGACGAGGCUACGCAAAUCUCUUUGAACAGCGAGGAGGUGUCAGGGAAAGGUGCAGUCGAUUCUGAAGGGUACUAUACGCCAACGUCAGUGCUCAUGCCUAGCCUCUUUCCUCACGUUGCACCAUAUGUGACAUUCUCUUCACAUAUCGAGAAAGGACCUGGAAUUCCUGCAGAAUUGCAACGUGUACUUAAAUGGAAAAUGACUAGCGUAACGCCCAAAAUUGUUCGGUAUAUUGUCGCCAACACGGGUGUUCGAUUGUUGAAGAAAACUCACGAUUGGAUGGGAACUUGGGAUAAGCACAUGAAGAGCGUUGCGUUUAAGGAUAUUCGAACCUACCAGAAGUUCAAUCACUUGCCGGGAUCAUUUAAAAUAGGAAGGAAAGAUAGUUUGUGGCGGAAUUUAAAGCUGAAGAUGAAUCAAUUCGGGAAAAAGGAAUUUGGAUUCAUGCGGAAAACAUACGUCAUUCCCGAGGACUUACCACGACUGAAGCGUUCAUGGUUUAAGUAUCACAAACAGAAAACUAAGUGGAUAGUUAAGCCACCAGCCAGUGCUCGAGGUUUUGGUGUGAAAUUGAUUAGUAAAUGGGCGGAAAUUCCACAAAAUAACACAACCCUCAUUCAAAAAUAUAUUGAGAAACCUCUGCUUAUUAAUGGCAACAAAUUCGAUUUGAGGCUGUAUGUGUUGAUUACGUCGGUGGAUCCGCUAAGGAUUUUCAUUCAUAACGAAGGACUAGUACGAUUUGCGUCAGUUCAGUACAGCGACAAGAUGGAAUCAAUUCAUGAUCGCUGUAUGCAUCUGACGAACUACAGUAUAAACAAAUUAUCACAGAACUACGUGAAAAAUGAAGAAAUCAACGCAUGCAGUGGGCAUAAGUGGACGUUAAAGUCCUUAUGGUCUUAUUUCCAUUCGAGGAAUAUUGAUGCAAAGCGCGUGUGGGCUAAGAUACGAAAUUUAGUAGUUCGUACUAUACUCGUAGGCGAGAAUGGAAUUAGUCAUAUCAUUCGUCAUACCCUAGCUAGUAAAUAUAGUUGUUAUGAAUUGUUUGGUUUCGACGUGCUUCUUGAUGAAAAUUUAGUACCGUGGCUGCUCGAAGUGAACAUUUCGCCAUCCUUACACAUUGAAUUGCCUUUGGACCAGCACGUAAAGGGGCCUUUAGUCCAGUCAGUUUUGAAUAUCGCAUCUUUUCAGGUGCCGCCAAAACUAACCAAACAACAGCAAAAAGAUAUUUUAGUACAGUACAAUUUAUCCAGUCCACUCUGUCAUGACAAACGGCUGUACGUGACCGCAUUAUCAAAUGAAGAAACCACAAAACAUAAGCGUUUUACGGAUAAGUCAAUCGAUUGCCGAGAAGAUUAUUUAGACGCUAUCCUUGAGAACCUUACUCCCGACGACGUUCGUUGUCUUCUUAUAGCAGAAGAUGAAUUGGCUCGUAGUGCUCCGAUGGAAAGGAUAUUUCCAACAAUGAAUUCUCACAAGUUCUUAAAGUUUUGGGAAACGCCGCGUUACUACAAUCGCCUCUUGGAUGCUUGGGAAUGGCGGUAUUCAUCCAACCGCGCUGAAGGUAUUAAAUGUCUGAGAAGAUUAUGUGGUAAAGGUGUGCAUUUGAAAGUAACGUCGUCUGCGUUGUUCACUCCGGAAGUACUUGAUGAUAGUGAUGAAGAAGAUAAAAAUUUAGAUUGAACAUUUUCGUGUCAAUCACAGUAAAGUUUAAAAAAUUUGGUGUGAACGCGGCAAGUUUGUUAAUUUUUCCAAUUUCGUUUUUGUGAGGAACGUAUAAAUUUAUAACCGCAUUGCAAAAAAUUCAAAUGAGUAAAAAAUUAAUAAAUCUUUUUUGGUAAAGUUUGAAUUGUGC